AUGGGUAAAAAAAAGAUGUUUUUGGAUCUCAAGAACAAAGUGUCUUCAGAUGAGAGCGAUUCCGACGACUUGUCAGUGGAUUCGGACGAAGAGCUGCAGAACGCCUUCCAGAGGGGAGACCUGAAGCCCGGACUCAACCAAAUGGUGGCCUUAAAGCCAUCUGAAGAACACAUUUACGACAAGACGGCGCUGAAGACAAAGUUGGAUCAAAUGAGACUCAACUUGGAUUGGAUCGAAAGACUCGACUCGUCGGACAACCCGUCGAAAGUGACUCCAGAAGUGCAGCAAAUGUUUGGAAACAUAGACUUAAAGCUGAAUAAAAAGGGCGAAAUCAGUGCCGAAGAGGUCCAGAAUUUGGACAAAAGUGAUAACGACUUCAAACGCGAAAUGCUUUUCUAUAGGAGGGCUCAGACGGCAGUCCUGGAGGGCAUCCCGAGACUCAAUCGACUCCGAGUGGUCACCAAAAGACCCAACGAUUACUUCGCAGAAAUGGCCAAAACUGAUGACCACAUGAAGAAAGUGCGCGAAAACAUAGUCAAAAGACAGACAGCAAUGGAUGCGUCAGAGAAGGCGAAGAAGAUGAGAGAACUGAAGAAAUACGGGAAGAAAAUACAGACAGAAGUACUGAUCAAACGCCAGAAGGAGAAGAGAGAAAUGAUGGAUCGGCUCAAGAAGUAUAAGUCGGGAAAAGAGGAUAAUUUGGAUUUUCUGGACGGAGAGGGAGGCGGCGCUCAGAAGAAGAGUAUUCUGAAGAAUGGAAGUGAGAAGCAGUCGAAGAGGAGUCAACAGAAAGCGAACCAAAAGCAGAAAUACAAGAACUCGAAGUUCGGUUACGGAGGACAGAAGAAGAGAUCCAAAUACAACACUUCCAGCAGUUCUGCGGAUAUGACGAAAUUCAGUCGAAGGCGUCACUCGAAGCCAUCGAACGGCAAACCACGACCGGGAAAGUCGGUCCGACAGAGGAUGAAGAGUAGGAGUAAUUGA